CACUGUACAAUAAACCUGUACUUACUGUAAUCGAAACGCAGUAUUAUUUAAUACUGUGGGAUUAUCUGACAGGACAUCACAGAAGGUCAAAGAUGGAUUCCCAAAACUCCUCCAGAUCCUGCAAGAACCUUUUCAUCGCAGUGGUCUUGAUAACAGGUUUCUCGGCAAUCUUCUACAUGUACUAUGAGCCGUCAGUAAAUUGGUUAAACUGUCCAGUCGCUCCCAAACAUGAUGAUGACUGUAGAAACAUCUGUAUCAACGCUCUUAACAGGACAAAUCAAAUCCAAAUAGUGAACGACAACUGUUCGGUGAACUUCACCUCUGUCCAACACCAGUUAACACAAACAGAAGCAGCUUCAUCGCAGGGAGAUGAUCUAGACACCAUUAUCCUGGUCUGGAUGUGGCCUUUUGGGCAACAGUUUGAUUUAGGCCUCUGUAGUUCAAUGUACGACAUCCAUGGCUGCCACUUGACAGUCGACAAGAGUCAGUUUAACAAAGCACAUGGCGUUUUAAUUCAUCACAGAGACAUCCAUGGGGACUUAUCCAACAUGCCGAAACUGCCACGACCGCCAUUCCAGAAAUGGGUCUGGAUGAACAUGGAGUCUCCCACCCAUACAGCACGGCAUUCAAAUCUAAACAAUCUGUUUAAUCUGACGUCAAGUUACAGACUAGAUUCAGACAUCCUGGUCCCUUACGGGCGAAUCUUAGAGAACACUGGUGGAAAGAAAGAUUACGAAAUCCCGCGUAAGAAUAAACUUGUUUGCUGGAUUGUAAGUAACUGGAACCCAAACUUUAGGCGGUCAAAAUUCUAUGGAGAGUUUGAAAAACACAUUAGUGUACAAACCUACGGAAAUCACUUCAACAAGCGUAUUGGUGAUCAAGAUUAUACAGAUGUAAUGUCCAGCUGUAAAUUCUACCUGUCCUUUGAGAACUCGAUCCACAAAGACUACAUUACAGAAAAACUGUACAGACCUCUGUCUCUCGGCACUGUUCCCGUGGUCAUCGGCCCACCCAGAGCGAACUAUGAGGAAUUCAUACCAGCCAGUGCCUUUAUCCAUGUGGAUGACUUCAAGACCCCCAAAGAACUAGCAGACCAUCUUAAGCUUCUGGACCAAAAUGAUAAUUUGUACAGGCAACACUUCACCUGGAGGGAACAUUUUUUUGCAAAAGGAGGCUCGUUUGGUCUUGAACACGCCUGUUAUUCUUGCGAUCAUAUCAGGAGAAACAAGAACUAUCGAGUAGUUAAUGAUCUCAACAGCUGGUUCUGGGGUUGACAACUGAUGUUAACAAUAGACUUCAGCCAUAGCAGAUGCCUGAGGAAGAAAACAAUGCUGUGAGGGAUACACUGUAAAAAGUGCUUGAGACUGAGUUCUUGUUCUGACAAAUAUAUAUAUUAAACGAGUCUCAAUUUUAUAAGUGUAUAUUUUCUUAAUAACCAGAUCACACAGCAAAAACAUUAGCCAACCAAAAUAAAAUGGUUUUAUUAAACAAGUAUUUGAUGAGGAUGCACAUGAAUAAUAACCGUUAAAUUUCUUGAAGGGUAAAACAACAGUCAUAUUUGAUCAUUUAUAAGAAGGAUAACUAUUUCAUUGGGACUUUUACACAAUUAAGCCCUAAAAAAACAUCAGGUUUGAUGAGGUUUACAUCUAGCGCUGGUCCG